UCAGUCAUUCUCUGCAGUCCGUAUUGAAAACAUGAAAUUGUUAAACGUUCUUCUCAUUUUGGUUCCAUUUGUAAUGGGUACAAAGAGGUACUUCAUCCCUAACAUUAAGGCCAACUGGUACAAAGCGCACGAGUUUUGCAUUACCCUGGGAAUGGAGAUGGUUUCGGUUCACACACGGCAAGAUCAUAACGAGUUGGUCAAGUACAUCGAACGGUCGGACAAAUUUUCCAACGCCACCAGAUUUUGGCUCGGUGCCAGCGAUCUGGCAGAGGAAGGAGUCUACACGUGGGUGUCCAGCGGUAGGCUGGUCACGUUCACCAACUGGGCUGAAAAUGAACCGAACGACGUGAACAAUACCGAGCAUUGUAUCGAAAUUAUUCACAAUACCUACGUGAACAGACUUUGGGAGUGGAACGAUAUAGAGUGUCGGCAAUUUCAGGCGUAUUUUGUCUGCGAAAGCGGUAAUCGGCAGUGUGUUGAGCAGUUUUGACAUUCAGUAUCAACAUACGUCUUCUAUAUUAAACGAUUAUUGUUCACCGAAAUGUAAUAAAAUAGAAUUAUGGUAGUAUUCAUUUCCAGCAAGCAAUCUC